CACACGCUCCAAUCUUAACGGAUUGGCUAGUUAGACCCGCUCCGGCCCCUCGGCAUGGUAGACCACACCAGAGCGGGCCACUACCAUCUCUAGGGCUAUGGAUAACCAUCUAAUUUUAAUAAAUAAAUUAUAUUUGUUUGUACUAAAUCAGGUGAUUCCUUUCCAGUUCCCAGUGACGAAAGUAGAAAUUGUAGGUUUCGAAUUAGAAUCAUUUCAUUGUCAGUUAAGGAUAAAAUAAAAAAAAAAUUCCAAAAUCAAAUAGAGAAGCUCAUUGUGAUCCAACAAGAGUAGAGAGAUGAGAGGAGUAAGAAAACAAGGAACGGGAAACUACACAAACCCAUGUUUGACCAUGCAUCAGCCAUGGGCUUCCCUUCUCGUUUAUGGGAUCAAACGCAUUGAAGGCCGUUCUUGGCCUGCCCCUGUCAGAGGUCGUCUUUGGAUUCAUGCUGCUAGUAAGGUGCCUGAAGAAGCUACAAUUAAAGCAAUGGAGGACUUUUACAGGGAAAUUUAUGCACUCAAUGGGAUUAAUGAUCUCAAGUUUCCUCGGCAUUAUCCUGUUUCAAGACUUUUAGGGUGCGUUGAAGUAGUUGGCUGUGUUAAGCGUGAAGAAGCAGCAAACUGGGAAGUGUUACCUGAAGGGGUGAGGCUAGAAGCACAAACAGAAUUUUGCUGGCUUUGUGAAAAUCCUCAGAAAUUGUUAAUCCCAUUUGAGAUGCGGGGAUAUCAAGGUGUUUAUAACUUGGAAAAGAAGAUAUAUGAAGCUGCAAUUAGGAGUCUCACUCUAGUUGAAAGUCCACUGCCAGUAAAAUUUCCACUUCCAGAUGCACAGGAUCCUUUUUCCUUGAAACCAGGAUCUAUAUCAGCUCAAGUCCCUGAAAAGAAAUCAUCUGUGGUGGAAAAAUCAUCAAAUCUUGUUGCGGCCAUUGCUGGUGCACAAGCAGCAGCUACACAGUUCAACAAAAAGAAUCAAGAUCUGCAAAUGAAUGUCAUACAAAAUGAGGAAUCUUACUCCUUAAGAAGUCGAUCAAAGAACAAAGCAGUGGAAGAGGAUGGUUUUGAUGAGGGUACUUCAGAUUUUACCGAGGGCAAAGAAAGCUAUCGCGUUAAUCAUGUGGAAAGUAGGAGCCACAAUCAACCUCGGACAGAUUUGAAACAGCAUAGUGGGCCUCCUUCCAAAAUUUUCGCCGCGGCAUUGAGAGGCCUGAAGCCAUCAUGAGUUUCCAUCUAUUCUCUGGAGUUCUGUAAAUUACAAACUUAGUUGUAUUGGCACUGUGCAUUUAUAAUCUGCAGACUGCAGUUAGUGAAUACAGUGCAUCUAGCAGAGCAAUCAAGAUCAAAUUUCUUUUAUCUACAUUAGUGUGUGUCCUUGUUGUAAAGCUAACCUAUUAUUACUUUGUAACUUAAACGGUGUCUAAAGAAUUUAUAUUACUCAA